GCGGUGGAACACAAACACAGACUUCGGGUCCAAACGUCACUUUUACCGUCAUAGGAGCACAACAGACGGCCAUGUACCGCUAACAACGGGCACAAACUCCUAACGGUUUUCCGUGUAAGACAAGACCUGGGCAGUGAGAGAGACACACGCGAACCAGAAUGGGGUCCGACCUGCUAGCCAUACAGCUGGAGGUGACCAGCAUGUUGCUGGAUGCAGAGCGCAGGAAGCUGCUGGCCCUCCAGCGGGAGAUGGGUGCACUGCAGCGCCUCAGCUGUCCUGGAGACAUCAACCCAGAACAGGUUUCAGAUCUAGAAAGACAGCAGUUAAAUCACAGUCGUAUAAAGCUCCAAUAUGAACGUCUGGAGCAGGAGUACAGGUUUGCAGCCCAGGGGAUCAUCAGGAGAAGCAGCGUCUCACAGAAGUCAAGAAGCCAGCCGUCUCUUGGAAUGAAGACCACACCAAAGUCAAGGCCCAGUAUCUUCGGCACUCUGACCAAGGAGCGAAGCCCCAAGAACAAGCGAAGGUUAAGCAUGCCGCAGACAUCAGCCCGUGACCUGACCACGGUCAUACGACUGUCCGCCGGCGAGAGCAACGGCGGCGUAUCCACGGAAACUGGAGAAAACGAACUCGACGCUUCCGAGGCCCUGAUCUACCAGGAUGGUAACCUGGUGUCUGGUUCUCUAGAGGCCCUCACACAACACCUGGUCCCCACACCGGACUACUACCCAGAGAGAACGUACAUCUUUGCUUUCCUGCUGUCAUCUCGCCUCUUCAUUAAACCACAUGAGCUGCUUGAAGAAGUUUGCAAGCAAUGUAGACUUCAAAUGAAGCUCACAGAGGAUAGACAAGACAAGGCUGCAGAAGGAAGACUUGGCUCUCACAUUGUGCAACUCAUUAGUGAGUGGACAGAGGUUUUUGCCUAUGACUUUAGAGACGAGAGAAUGCUGAAACAUCUGAAGGACAUCACACAGAGAUGUUCCAUCAUUAACGAGAAUCAGAGAAAAACUGUGGGGCAGAUAAUGCAGACACUUGUUAGAAAGCUGUCAGUGUUGGAUAAGUACGAGCAUGUCCUGACCAAAAUCAACGCCAACCUGACAGACAGGCUUAGAGUCCUCAAGACUAACCCACAUGCAAUACAGAAGGACAUCCUUAACGUGUGCAAUGAUCCUGUAGUGAUGGCUCAGCAACUUACACACAUAGAGAUGGAGAGAAUCAGCCAUAUCGGGCCGGAAGAGUUUGUGCAAUCCUUCGUGUCCAAGGAUGUGGCAGAGUGGGAUGAGAGGACCUUGUUCCAGGACAUGAAGAAGACAUCUAACCUGGAGGCGUAUGUCGAGUGGUUCAACCGGCUGAGCUACAUGGUGGCAACAGAAAUAUGUAUGCCUGUGAAAAAGAAGCACAGAGCACGGGUGAUUGAGUUCUUCAUUGACGUGGCCCGAGAGUGCUUCAACAUUGGGAACUUUAACUCCCUCAUGGCAAUUAUUGCUGGUUUGAACAUGAGUCCAGUUGCCAGAUUGAAGAAAACAUGGUCUAAGGUGGAUACUUGCAAGUUUGACGUUCUGGAGCACCAAAUGGAUCCAACGUCCAACUUCUCCAACUACCGGGCCUCCCUGAUGGCUGCACUGCACAGAGCGGCAGGGGCGCACAGUAACAGAGAACGGAUUGUCAUACCAUUCUUCAGCCUGAUGGUGAAGGAUAUCUACUUCCUCAACGAGACAUGUAGCAACAAACUUCCCAACGGACACGUCCGUUUUGAGAAAUUUUGGCAGCUGGCAAGACAGGUGACCUCCUUUUGCACCUGGCAGCAGGUGGAGUGCCCAUUUGAGAGACACCGCAAAGUGCUGAACUACCUUCUGACAGCUCCUGUGUUCUAUGAAGACUCUCUGCACCUGGUGUCGUUCGACUGUGAAGGACCUGAAAACCACCUGGAGAAGGAACGGUUCAAGACACUGAAGUAA